AUGAAAAAGAUACGAGAUAAAAUGCUAUCAUUAAGAAUUAAAUACGCUCUGGCUCAUUUAUCGCGUAAAGAACACACCGCGCGGUUAGCGCGUCCGAAUUGGAGAAGGCUUCGCAGAAUCGAUCCGAAUGUCCUGACGGCCCCUUUCAAGGUACCGCGCUCAGCUUUAAGGAGUCGCAUCUCAAGGCGCAUCCGGAUUAUGGCGCAACCAAAAUACGUAACUAAGAAAUACGAUCCCACAUCGAUGCCACCUCCUUAUCCACGCAUUCAUCCGAAGACGCUCGCAGCGAAACCGACCAAACGUAUCGUCGAUCUGGCAUUACCCAAGCGAAGAGUUUUACUAGAGACGAUGAAAUUGGCAGCUACCAAAAACGUGAAGGCAACCGUAAGCGAUCUGCUGGUGAAGGUUCGAAAGUCGCGGUACCGGCGAUAUCGCGUAUUCUGCAACGCACGUCAAGAACGAGAAGCCAAGAAAAAGAGGAAACGAAUGGCCAAGUUACGCAGGGCUCUAACAAAACCGGAGGACUGGCAAAGGCACAUGCGGGUAUUGGAAAGACUAGCUGCGCCAAAAUUUCCUGCAAAACCCAAACGAAAGAAACUCAAAUCGAGGCCGAUUGACAUGGAGAGAUUGGCAUCAAUGGCGUUACCGGUGAUUCGACAAGUGCCAGAUGUCAAGGAGCCGUUCACAGUGGCGUUAAGCGCGCUCACUUACAAGAUCAGCAAGCGAACAGAGAGACUCGCCAUACGAAAGAAACAGCCAGAGAUCCUGCCGCGGAUACCAGGCACCGUUUCACCAGCUGCAUUGAAAGCUAUAGCAUCCGAGAGAAUGAUCGCUCUGGCGAAACCAGCUCAACGACCACCGGGCAGAGAGACGGACCUUCGAGAGGAUGCCUUCACCGUUUCACCGAUGGCGUUAAAGGCGAAAUGCUCCAAACGUUUGAAAAUUCUCGCCAAACCGAAGACCUAUCCUAAACCCACGUUCAGACGACCGAGAUUGCGGACUGCGCGCAAACCAUGAAACGUCAGAAAUACGAAAUGGAACCGUAUAUCCUGAAACCACAUUAAUUCGGAUUUGUUCUUUGAAUACAGAUGCGCAUCAAAAAUUAAAGAUCACCCAUGACAAUGUGUCUCUAUACGUUUCCAUGUGUUUCCGCAUAAUCUCGUAAAUGUGGAAAUUACAGUAAACUUUCUGCUGUUUCUCUAUGAAAAAGUACAUACGUAUAAAUAUUGUAAUGAAACGUUAAUGUCUAGGGAUGAAAUAUGCCCUAGAGAGAAAAAUCGUUUAUAUAGAUAUCCAGUUACUCCAAACGUUUUGUUUACCAGAAAAUAUUCGUUUCCGUUAAUUAAUUCCGUUUAUAGAGACACUAUCGGAAAUUAUCAGAACGGUGAUGCUGCACACGAGAUAAUGGGAACGCGACUUGUGUUAGCGAGCGCAUUCACAUUAUCACGAAUCUAUAUUAUCACGUGCUUUGAUUUAUUCAUGAAACCUGCGUGUAUCUAUCGUAACUCGUGACAUGUUAUUUUGCAAACCGCUAGAAUUUGUUGCAUGUAAUGUAAUGUGUCAAAAAGUCUCUACAGAUUCGUCGUGUUACGCAAUUAGCGCAAAAGCGUGACAAAAGCGUGAGACGUAACUAUGCUGACUGAAUUAGGCCAGCUAGCAAUCCGUUUGCGCUCGAAAUAGAUUAGCGUUUCGUAACGUUAUAACGAACAUUCUAGCAAUUCGCGCAACUUCGUAAAGACAUUCCGCGUCUCGUGAUAUCCGGUGGAAAGACGAGUCGAGGGUGGUGGAGCGUUUUAGACUUUAACGUGUUCGGUAUUUUCUUAUUUGUGGAAGGUAUGCGCGCGGGGAAAUACGACACACGCCCUUUAGUGAUAUUAAAGGGACGUUUAUACGCGGCGGAGCGCGCAGGAACGCGCAUUGCUGUCUUGCGCUCUAAGCGCAAUUCUAUUUACACGGUAGAUGGUAAACAAAAAUGAUGAAUAAAUACGUAAAUGCUAUGAUAAUUCAUAAUAAUUAUAGUUAAAUUUGAAAUUGUUAAUGCGCUCAGCGAAUAUAUAUUUCCUGUAAAUACGAUUUCCAUACCAUUCCAAGUAAAUAUUUAAAUUAUUCA